CGCGGCGAGUAGGGGAAGGCGCGACUGCAUUGCCGGCGUGCCAGCGAUCCGCCGCGUCUCCGCGCGACUUUCGUUUCGCCGGCUGGCAGCUCCGUUCUCCGGCGCGUCCUCGCGCCCCGCGAGAUCGGCGUGCACGAGGUCUGCCCCGGCGCGAGAGCGCACGUCCGCGAAAGACCGGCUGCAGCGGCGAAAGCGCAACGAGAGCCCCCGAUCCUCCUUUAUCGGUGCGCGUCGCACAGCCGAUCGAAAACACCUGAUGUCGGCGCGACCAAUCGCAGCAUCUCGAUCCCUUUCCUCGGCCGGCGCCGUCCGCUAAAAUUGGCUCGCCUGGCUGGUACGCGCGUGUGCGCGCGCCAGAGUCGCCGACGGGGGCUCGUCCGCGGCCGCGCGCACUCGCAUUGGCUUGGCGCCGAGGUGGGGCGCGAGCCCGAAAAACCGAGACGCCGCGCGGCUCCGACGCCAGACGCCGAUCGCGCGCGCGACUAUUCGAAUCGCCGCUCUCCUCGCUGCCCUUUGCUCGCCCGUUCUCGCGCCGAAUCAUGGCCGUGGAAGCAGCGCGGAUCGCGACGCUGGUACUGGUGCUGAUUGCCGCGGGCCUGCAAGUGGUUCAGUGCCGGCCGACCAAUUCCAGCGAGACCUACACGAUCGUCAAGAGGCUGCCAAGCGGCAUCGUCGAGAGGAUCGUCAGGUGGCACGACGUUUGCGCCAAGGAGGUCGUCUCCGACGACGACGGGGCGGCAACGAUGGUGAGGCAGGUCUGGCUGGACGACAGCACCUUCGAGCUGAACAUGGUGUUCGCGGGCGACAACUUAACGCAGCGCUGGAUCGACGAGACGGAGAUCAGCGACUUCAUAGUGUGCGAGGAGGAGUUGCAGCGCGUCAACGAGCACCAGUUCGAGCUGACGCUCCAGCUCCACGCCAACGACAGCGCCGACAUCGACGAGCAAUUCCCCUGGCUCGCUCGGUCCGUCGAGCACCUCAGGCAGCAGACCUCCAAAUCAAUGGAGCAGUCGUCAUCGCGGAGAGCGAGACGCGGCAUUCAAGAGCUGAUCAUAGCGCCGGGCACAAAGUGGUGCGGACCGCAUCGAUUGGCCUACAGCUACAAGGAUUUGGGCGCUCUCGAUGGCCUUGACAGGUGCUGCCGGCGCCACGAUCAUUGUCCACGCGCCAUCUCGCCCUUCUCCGAGAGAUAUGGACUUUUCAACUACAUGCCCUUCACCCUAAGUCACUGCGGAUGCGACGAGAGAUUCAGAACGUGCUUGAAAAUGACCAGCACGUCGUCGGCAAACCUCAUCGGUAAAAUCUUCUUCAACAUGGUCCAAACAAAGUGUUUUGUCCUGAAGCCAGCCAAAAUCUGCAAAAAACGAUCUUGGUGGGGCAAGUGCGAAAAGCAUGUCUACAAAAAGCAAGGAUAUCUGCGGGACAACGUAUCGUAUUAAGGAUGGCUCAAGACCAAAGCGAAUUCACAGACAAACGAUUCGCUUAGCACGAACUUCAGGGAUUCAAAUCUAAAUGUGCAAAUUUGGGUACUUUUUCAUGGAGCGCAAUUUUCGAGAAGCACAUUCUGCCGGCAAAGAAAAAGAAAACGAUAUUUUUCGAAAAGAAAAAGUCUGGUACUUGAGUUGUUUUGUUACUGUGUAACAUCUACGUAUUAAAGAUUUUUUUAAGGCAUACCUAUGUGCUUUUAUGCCUAGUUGUGAUUUCUUUUAGGAUAAUGUUUGUACAUAUUUCAGAUAGAGAUUCGUUUUUUUUUAUAUAGUUUUGGGUUGGUUUGUUUAUUUAUUUUUAUAUGAGCGGAAUCGAAAAUUGCGAUUUAUUCUAGUACCUAGUAUCACAAGCCGCCAAAAACAAUGAAAACUCGUCAUUUAUCGUUGCAACUACUUAAACGGAAAACGAAACUAUAUAUCGUUCGGUUACCAGUUUACUGAACUUUACUAAGGGUAUUACAUAAUUUUAAGUUAGAACUAAAAGAAAAUCUCUACUUACCAUGGUUUAUAUUUAAGUAUAUUGAUGAUUUAAUUAAUUGGCGAUAUUUUGUAUAUAUAAUCUAAAUUAGGUUUAAGAUAGAUUUAUAGGGCAGCUGAUUUAUAGGUGUAAUUUUUGCCAUUAUAAUAUGCAUAUCAAAGCCAUUGCAAUAUUUUCAAUCUAUACUUGAACGAAAAAAAUGAAAAUUUCGUGAAUUCCGGAAAUAUCAAUAAUUUAAAAACUAUGAGUGAAGAUGCUUACGUGCGACUAGAAUGUAAAAGUACUUUAUUUAUUGAUAAAGGUAGCAAUUAUACUUUUUACAAUAUUAGUGAACACUAUAUCCGUGGCAUAUUGUUUUUAAUUAUUCAUUUUGACAACUCAUCAUUUUAGUGAUCGUUUCUUACAGUAAAUUACAAAUUUUGUGAGAUUAUUUUUAAUAAAAGUUAAUAUAACAUGUGAAAUUUCAUUUAAUUUAAGCUAAAGACUAAUCAUAUUGAGAAAAAAUUACAUUAAAAUCAUUAACAGUUUUUAUUUAUGCAUGUUAAAUCAAUGGUAUUAUAAUUAUGACUGAAAGCAUGAAUUAUAACUUCAAAAAUUGUAGAUAUUCAUGAUUCCUUACAUACUUUGAAAAGUCGGUAAUGCUUUUCGUAAUCAAGUAAAACGUGUUAUACUUAUAUUUAAUGAAUGCGCCGAAUACUAAUUUAAUUAAAUUUCUGUCGGUAAAAAUGAAAUAAUAUUCGUAUAACUGGAGAACUCUUCCAAAAUUCAUCUUUUUUAUGCAAUUCACAAUUAUUCAAGCUAUAUAAAGACAAAAUUAAAAUUAAAAAAUAUUCAGAUUCCUAACUAUAAAAUUAGGAAAACUUAGACAAUAUUGAGGAUUUUAUAGAAAGUUUAAUCGGUCGUGGAGUACAAUAAUAUUAACAUUCCAACUAAUAACUACAAGAACGUCCUUAAAAAUAACAAUCGGAUAUAGUAAUGGAAGAUGUUGAUGUAUUUUAGCAGGAAAAAUAUUAUUCGUGUUGGAUAAAAAAUUUGAGAGCGCAUUUCAUAAUCUUUAAAUUUUAAUAGAUUGAAAAUACUAUAAGCUCAUAGUUUAAAAGAUACGCAAGAGUUUUUGUCAAAGUAGACAAACGCGUAAGUGGUUGCAAGAUUAAUCUGCAUGUCAGAGAAGAAUAUAGAUAUAAUUUACAAUGUCGGUAAAUAGGUUGUGCGAUUUCUGGCUUGCUCAUCACGUUACAUAUAUGUAUAUGUAAAAUAUAAUAAAAUAGCCAAUGUCAUAGACAAUAUCUUAUGCCAUGCCACACUUUCUAGAUUAUAGCUAAGAUAUGUAAUGAUUAUUGUAGCGUCGAAAGACUUUAAUAAAAUGUUUAAUCAAUAAAAUUAU